GUUUCCCUUUGACUUUCACUCUUCAUGUUUCACUUCACAUUCACUCUCGCUGUGGAAACCUUCACCAGCACCGCUGAUCAUGAUGAUCCGCACUUUGCUGCUGCUGUUCGCGUUGGUUUGCGCGUGUUCAGCUCUUCACUUGUCCGACAAUGACUCUGUGCAGGACGAGCUGCAUUUCAGGUCAUGGAUGACAAAGCACAGCAAAGUGUACAGCACCGAUGAGUACCAUAAGAGACUCCAGAUAUUCACUGACAACAAGAGGAAGAUUGACAAACACAAUGAAGGGAAUCACUCUUUUUCAAUGGCUCUGAACCACUUUUCAGACAUGACUUUUGCUGAAUUUCGUAACACUUUCCUCUGGACGGAACCACAGAAUUGCUCUGCCACCAAAGGAAACUACAUGCGCAGCAAUAAGCCGUGGCCGGAUGCCAUCGACUGGAGAAAGAAAGGAAAUUAUGUGACCGACGUGAAAAAUCAGAGAAGCUGUGGCAGUUGCUGGGCUUUUUCUACAACCGGCUGUCUGGAGUCUGCUGUGGCCAUCAGCACGCAGAAGCUCGUACCAUUGUCGGAGCAACAGCUUGUGGACUGUGCGCAGGACUUCAGCAACCAUGGAUGUAAUGGCGGUCUUCCCAGUCAAGCAUUUGAAUAUAUCUGGUACAGCAAGGGACUGAUGACAGAGACGGACUACCCAUACAAAGCCGUGGAAGGCAGUUGCCAGUACAACCCGCAAAAAGCAGCUGCUAUCGUAAAAGAUGUGAUGAACAUAACAGAGUACCAGGAGAUGGACAUGGUGGACUCCGUCGCCACGCACAAUCCAGUCAGCUUUGCGUUUGAGGUGACCUCGGACUUCAUGCAUUACAGACAGGGUGUGUACACCAGCACUGAAUGCCACAACACCACAGACAAGGUGAACCAUGCAGUGCUGGCAGUUGGAUAUGGGAGGGACAACGCCAUUCCUUACUGGAUCGUAAAGAACUCAUGGUCAUCCAGCUGGGGGAUUGAGGGGUAUUUUCUCAUUGAACUUGGAAAGAACAUGUGUGGACUUGCUGCCUGUUCAUCCUUCCCAGUGGUUUGAUUCCUGCAUCGUAACAAACUACACAAUGGCUGAAAGGGGUUUUGUUCUUUUUUCACUCUCUAUAUGAAAAUGUUUACAAUAUAUACCCUUUUUAGUAAUCAAUCAAUCAAUGUAACUACAUUCUGUAAUAAAUUUGUUUCAUUGCAAUAUA